GCGUCACAUCAUAGCGACACACUCGGAUGCCAGAGACACAGUCGAUUUAAACAGUAAACACAUACAGUUUGGGACCAAUAUCAUGGAGGCCGCAGGGUUCUGUGGAAUGGAGGUGGCGACUCGGGGGCUAGUGGGGGGAUCUGGCAGCAGCUCCCCUCCAGAGCUGGACAGCCCAGGUAGCCAGGAGCACCUGGGGAUGUUUGAGCUGGUCAGUAGCUGCUGCAGUGAGGAGGUGAGAGGGGAGACUCCAGGGAGAGAGGACUGCCCCCUGGACCCCAACAAUGCUGAGCUGGACCCAGGCGGUGGUGGUGGCAAGAUCAAGGACCAAAAGGGAUUGGGAAAAGAGGUUCUCUUACUGAUGCAAGCCCUGACCACACUAGCCUCGCCAGAGGAGAAGCUGGCCGCUUUGUGCAAGAAGUAUGCUGAUUCGCUGGAGGAGAGCCGCAGUAUACAGAAGCAGGUGAAGGUGCUGCAGAAGAAGCAGUCCCAGAUGGUCAAAGAGAAGAUCCACCUGCAGAGUGAACACAGCAAGGCCAUCCUGUCACGCAGCAAGCUGGAGAGCCUCUGUCGGGAACUGCAGAGACACAAUAAGACCCUCAAGGAUGACAACACGCAACGGUCCAGAGAGUAUGAGGAGCGUCGGAAGGAGGCCACCCUUCACUUCCAGGUGACGCUGAACCAGAUCGAGGUACAGAUGGAACAGCACAACUCUCACAACUCCAAGCUGCGCCAGGAGAACAUGGAGCUGGCCCAGAAACUCAACAGGCUCAUCAAACAGUACGAGCUCAGGGAGGAGCACAUUGACAAGGUGUUCAAGCACAAGGAGAAGCAGCAGCAGUUGGUGGAUGCCAAGCUCCAGAGGACAGCUGAGCUGAUGAGAGAGUUGGAGGGGAAGCAGCAGAGAGAGAGAGACUUUCUCCUGAAAGACGCCACAGAGUGGAGACAUGAGUGUGAGCUGUUGAAGGAACAGGAGACGCAGCUCAAACAGCAGGUAACUAGCUACCUCUCUCUAGCUGGGACGGUUGAGGUACCUCUCUGUAGCUCUGAUCUUUUUUCUGUGCUCCAGAUGACCAAGAAGAUCAAGAAGCUGGAGAAGGAGACGACUCUGUGGAGAACGAAGUGGGAGACCAACAAUCAGGCUCUGCUACAGAUGGCUGAGGAGAAGACACUGCGGGACAAACAUUACAAGGGUCUGCAUGGGAAGCUGGAGUGCCUUGAGAAACUGUGCCAGGCUUUGCAGAAGGAGAGGGACGACCUCACCACCAAACUGGGAGACCUACAGUCAACAACUGAGGAGGAGGGGACGGGACCUCCAGACCCCCAGCCCAGCCAGGAGUCUACCCAGGAUGAGAUGUCUCCGCCUGGGAGGGGGGAAGAGACGCAGCCCCUUACUACCCCUGAACUGGAGCUGGAGUCCUCCACCACAGAGCAACUUGACAACUGAGCCACUAACCCCCUCUGCCUUUUGGAGGGUAUAUUUGAAUACAGUAUAUCUUUUUUUGUGUGUUAAAGUUAUAAUUAAGAUUAAAAUGACUGCAUUAUUAA